AUGCAGAAGGCAUCGCCAGGCGUUUAUGACGAGGUGGAGCUUGUCUCAUUUCAAUCUGUUUCCAAAGGAAUGGUGGGGGAAUGUGGCCAUCGCGGUGCUUACUUCGAGCUCGUCGGUUUUGAUCAAGAAGUACAAGCCCAAAUCUACAAACUGAUCUCUAUUGGCAUCUGCCCUCCCGUUAUCGGGCAGUGUCUUGUAGAAAUGAUGGUAAACCCACCAGCUCCGGGAUCACCAUCCUACCAGCUCUACCAGCAAGAGUACAGCUCUAUUUUCCAGAGCCUCGUGCUCCGAUCUCGUGCUCUACACGAAGCCUUCGUUAGGAUGGAGGGUGUUGAGUGCCAAGACCCUCUGGGUGCAAUGUACCUAUUCCCAACAAUCACCAUCCCCACCGCAGCAGUGGAGAAGGCUCAGGAGGAAGGUCGCCGCCCCGAUGAGUACUACUGUAUGAGACUCCUCGAAGCAACUGGUAUCUGUGUUACCCCUGGCAGUGGGUUUGGCCAACGUGAGGGCGAGUGGCAUUUUAGAACCACCUUCCUCGCUCCGGGGGUUGACUGGGUAGCCAGACUCGAGAAGUUCCACGAGGGCUUUAUGAACGAGUUCAGAUGACGAUGGGGUUCUGUGUUUGUCUCUUUUUAACUAGUUCCUAUCUCUUCUCUGCUGGAUGGGAAUGAUAUAUAUUUCUUUUUUCUCU